AUGGGGUUUGCUGAUAUCACAAUCAUUACCGCGACGCCGCGAAGAGGUGCCUUACACCGUUCACCUACAACCCCAAAUCGGGAAACCGAUAAGCCGACCGGCUCAGGCAACGACCGUGUCCUGCUCGCCACAACCAUAUCUCUGUUCUUCGUCACCGACCGACAUACCGGGAUACGCUCCCUAGUUUACACAGGCGCACAGAUCAGCCUCAUACGCCGUCGACCAGCCGAAAUUCGUCGACUUUCUACAGUGGCACUGGUCGGCGAGUACCGCGCACCCAAUAAAAUCUACGGCGAGCGUUCACUCACACUGAACCUCUGUAUUCGCCGCAGCUUACCCCGGGUAUUUAUCAUCGCCGAUUUUCCACAAUCCGUAAUCGGCAUGGACUUCCUCCGACACUUUAACCUCAUGGUUGAUCUGAUCGAACAUAAGCUCAUCGACCGUCUCACCACAUGUGAGAACCACGGAACGCCUACGACCGUCCCCUCAACUAGCCCACUCCUUUAUGAUCCCGACGUUACUGAUGAGUUCCGUGCGGUUCUGUCCGAGUUCUUGGAGUUGUACAAAUCGCCGGAAACUCUACCU